UUUUUUAUUCUACGUCAUGUCAUGGCUGGCAUGAAGCUUGAUUCCUUUUCCUUGGUGAAGUGAGCUUGGUUUUCUUUCAAAGUGGUGUUCACCGUAAAAGUGAACUUUUAUUUACCCAUCAAUAACAUCAUCAUUGUAUAUUGAUGGGUUAUUUGACCAGUUAAUGUGAUCAUCAUAGAGAAUACUCACUGGAUAGCAAUGUUUAUGUUCUAAUAAAGAAAGGAAUUUGUUCGUAUCAAAAUGAACGACGGGGAUUGGAUUUGCACCGACCCCAACUGCGGAAAUAUCAAUUUUGCUCGUCGUGCAGCAUGUUAUCGUUGUAACAAAGAGCGCCCAGACAGUAACAACAAAAAGAAGCUUGGUACUGAAAUUGGGAAGUCUGCGGCUGAGAAGUCUCGCGGCUUGUUUAAUGCUGAUGAUUGGCAGUGCAACAAAUGUGCAAAUGUAAACUGGGCUCGGCGUCAGACCUGCAACGUUUGUAACGCACCAAAAUUUGGCGAAGUUGAAGCACGUACUGGUUAUGGCGGAGGUUACAAUGAGCGCGGUGUCGUGGAGUACCGCCGGCGGGAACCUUCGUCUGAUGAUGAAUAUGACGAAUUUGGAAGAAAGAGACGCAAGCGCAAAGCAGAUUCAUUUGAUAAGGUUGGCAUCACUGAAGGGCCGGCAUUCAAAAUCUUGCCACCACCAAUGCAGAAGGAUACUAAGAUGGAUAGAAUACCAGCCUCAAAAAUACAAUCUUCUCAAAAUGAUCGGCAUGUCAGUGGCAGCCUUAGUGAUGGCUCUGUAUGUGAUGCUCCCCCAAUAAGUAAAGUAGCAUUCCGGAGAAAUCAGUUUCAAUCACAAACAAGCUAUAACCGGAAAUAUAUGAUACCUUUGUAUAAUGGAGGACAGUCACGGAAACGUUUCUCUAGUGCUAGUGACAGAGAUCAAUUUUGCUCUUCAGGUUAUGAAACAUCUUCAAAAAAUAGCCUCAAAUCGCCAGGUAUAAAAAUGUAUAAUCCAGUGAUGGAGAAUUGUGUUUCAUCCACAAAUAAUGAUAUUGUGUAUAAAUUUACUGGGCCAACUCCUGCAGAGAGUUUUCAAGUUACAUACACAUUAGAAGAAAGAGUGAAGGCUGCAGCAUUUGCUCUUGUUUAUAAGAAUUGUAAAAUUACUACAGAGAAAUUUGAGGGCAUGUUUGACAAGCCUGCUCCUGAUUUUAAAACAAUUUUUGCUUGGCGACAACGCUUGUUAACUACUGGCUGCUUGGUAGAUAGUCAUUUGGAUGGAUCAAAAGAUGUUGAAAAGCAACCUACUCAAAUCUCACCACCUAAUGUAAAAUCUGCUAUGAUACAAAAACCAGGUGUAAGGCUGCCAAAUCCUGAUGAGAUACCAAUUUAUACAAGCAGUGAUGAUGAAGAUGAUGCUGAUAAAGAUGGCCCACAAAACUCAUCAGCAACUAAAACUUCAACAGUUCAGAGGAGUGCUAGUGCCGAAACUCUGUUAAUUGACGGACCAAAUAAUGAACUGCUUCAAGGAGGUGGUUCAGUGAGUGGAAGAGAUUCCCAUAUCCGAAGCCAAUCACAAUCAUCUCAUCAAAGAAGUAGGUCUAGUUCUCAGGAAAGUCAAAGAUCGAUUGAAAGUGAUUGUGAUGAAAAUAAACCUGGUUCACAAAGUAAUUCAGCUAAACUAUCAAAGACAGGGAACCAGAAUUCAACUAGAAAAUCUUCUCAGGAUUCUGAUUCUGAUUCUCUUUCAUAUGAUAGUGAAGAAAAUAACUUCUUGACCCGUGUUUUUGAAAAAGGUAGAAAAUUAAGAAGAAAGCCUAAAAAAAGACCACCAAAAGAUAACACUUCUAUUCCUGAAACUAUUCCAUCAUACAGCACAGGGUAUACUACUGCGAAACCAGUACAGCAGUCUCCUUUAGUUACAGGAAAUAUUUACAUGUCCAAUUUACGUAAUAUGAAUGUCAAAAAUCAAGAUAACACUGCAAAUGAUACUGAUGGUUGUUCAAGUGAAUAUGUACCGGCACAGUUAGGAUCAUCAACAAAAAAUUAUCAGGCAUUCAAAGAUAAUGUGAGAAGGAAGGGAUUUUGGGCCAAAGGUAAUGCAUCAAAUAUGGGACAAAAUAGGUCUUUCAUGAAUCAUCGUCCCUUGUUGCCUAAGCCACAGCAGAUACUUGCUCAACAUCAGCGACCAAUUAAACAUCUCCCAAUUCAGCAACCACCUAUUUCUCAACUGCCAAUGCAAAAACCUGUGUCCCAAGUUCUUAUACAGCAACCGCCUUUACAACAGUUGCAACCUCCCAUUCAGCAGAAUUACGUGAAAAGGCCAUCAGUUCAGCAACCAUAUAUGGCCCAAUCACCUAUUCAACAUACACCUAUUCAUCAACCACCUCCUAAUAUACUUCAACAGCUACCACCUGUUCACCAACCACCACCACCUAUUCAGCCACCUAUACCACCACCGAGGCAGGUGGUAGUGAAAACCGUGGAAAGUCCAGUGUCAUAUGCUCCCAUUUCACAAGGUUAUCUAUCUGUUACUCAACAAUCUACAAAUAUUGGUGAAGAUUUUACAAAAGAUGAUUUCGAUAAUUUUGUACCUCUAAAUCAUUUUUCGCCAUUUGAUAUAAAAGGAGUUGUUCAAGCUGCUUCAACCCCUACACAACAUAUUCCCAUUGCAGUAGAAAAACCAAAAGAGAAUACAACGCGAGUUUUUGAUGCUGUGCAAUCACAGUCCGCAUCUAAAAACAGAAGUAUAUUGGAUAUAUUCAAUCAAAACGACACUGGUUGUAAUAAUAGUCCUGAAAGAAAUGACCUCGAAAAGUAUGAUGGUGUUUGGAAGAAGUAUGAAAAUGAAUGGGAUGAAGAUGACGAUGCUUUAUAUAAAGUAGAUUCACCUGAAAUUGAAAGCCAGCAUUCUCCAUCAUCUCAUAACAAGACCAAGUCAAAAAAUGCGAAUUUUAACUUGUAUGAACCAAAACAUGUGGUUUCAAAAAAUUUACCAACAGAUGUGGUUCAAGAUAAAAAAGAAUUUCUAAUGAAUAUUCUCAAAAACUUUAAAAAUACCGCCAAUGAAAUGCCUUCAUUAGAUAAUCCAACUCAAACGUUUGGUACUUCCCCAGAGAAAAAUAUUAGCGAAAUAAGUAUAGAGCCUGUGCAAUGUUCUCCUCAAAAAAUCCCGUUUGGGGGAUCAUUAUCGACGGCUACAAGGCCAGUGAAUAUAUCUGAUGAAAUUAUAUCCAUGUCUAGAAUAAAGCCUGACAUUUCGCCACAGAAAAAAGAGAAAAAGUUUAUAAGCCCAUCUAAAAAAGUGCAUAUCAUAGAAUCAAUAACAAUACAUCCAAGUAAUACUCAAAGUAUUCCAGGUUUAGAUCCGCCAGUUCAUGAUAUUCCAUUGCCUAACAACAGCUCUGAAAAAGAAAAUUCUAAUAAUGAAGUACAAAUUAUUUCUAUUCCACAACAACUUUUUGUUGAAUCAGACAAUGAGAAUCAGUUUGAAUCCACAUGUGAACAGUCACCUCAGGAUACUAAUGUAAAUUUUAAUGUACAGAAAUCUCUGUCUCAAUCCAAUCCUUCAUCAUUGGACACAAGUAUCGUAGAAGAUGAUAAGAAACAAACUCUUCAAAAGCAAUCGUCAGUGCCAGACUUGGCUAAUUUGUUAGCAGGAAUCAAUACAAACACCCUUUUGCUAGCUCUCCAGAACUUAAGUCAAUUAUCGCAUAAUAAUAAGAGUUCUGAUGACAGUACCGUUACAACACAUUAUGUCAGCGAUCAACCUGAUAAAAUUGAAACUAUUAAUUUGGCGACUGCUGAUGAAUGGGAAAAAGAAUCUCAUCAUGGUAGUAUUGAGAGGGAACUAGAAAAACUAGAUGGGAAAUCUGAGGACACUCCUUUUUUAAGUGAUAUUUUUGAUCCUGGCCCAGUAAGUGUACCCCCAAAUGUAGCAAAAAGGUUGAACUUGAAUACUAAUAGUUCAGAAGAAAAUAAAAAUGAUUCACAUAAAAUGCAUUUAAAUCAAAAUGCUCCAGUUAUUGGGAAUUUUAAAAGUUUUGCGCUGCCCAAGCCAAUAAUGCUGAAUAGGCUCAAACUGACUGUUAAACCCCCAGAGAAGAACACGAAAAAGGCUAUUAAUUUAAAGAAAAAUAGGAAGAGAAAGAAUAAGCCAUCUUCGUCGCAAGGCGGCGAGGAAGACGAGGAACAAGACGACGAAGAAUCUGGAGACGAGGCCGACCUCUCCAAAUAUGAUUUAUGGGGCAGUGAUGAAGAGCAGGGCAAUUCUUCAAAAGCUGAAAAUGCUGAUAAAUCAAAGGAAGGUGAGAGUUCUAAGGAGGACGAUCAAGAAUCCAAGGAUAAGAAUGGAAAAUCUCCCGAAGGAAAAAGCAGCAAAAAAAGGUCGCGAAGUUCCUCCUCUUCGUCUUCGUCGUCGUCGAGCUCAAGUUCUAGUCAUAGCUCCACUCAAGCUCCAAAAAACAAGUUCGAUGACUUCAACCUGAACAGCGAGCGGGAGAGCUCCCCCAAGGGCCGCAAGUCCCGCUCCCGGUCCCGUUCACCAAGGUCCAAAUCCGGCGGACCGAUGCGACGCAAGUCCAGGGAUAGUCGCUCGGCGGGAGAAUCCAGGAGUCACGAAUCAUCACGGGACAAGGAGCGGUCUCGGGACCGGGAACGCCGCGAGAAGAGCCGGGGAAGCCGCGACGACCGCAAGGAGCGCCGGUACAGCCGCGACGGCAACGGGUUCGGUGCCAAGGGACGACAUCGCUAGCCACAGCAUUACGUAGGAUAUAGGUAGUUAACAUUGGUGAAUUUUUACGUGAGAAAGAGUUUAUGACUCGAAAAUAAAAGGGUACUGAAAGUAACGGUGUAUACGCAUUUAAGAUUGGCGCGAAAUGAGAGCUUCGCAAAAUGUCUUCUCGGAUGCUGUGACUGCGCGUUUGUUACUUGGCACUCUUGGCUUGAUAUAAUUUUUGAUUAUGUGAGGUAUAUCGGUCAUCAACACAUGAAUGUAUCGUAUGAAAAUUUUCCCUCCAAUGACUGCUUCAUAAAGUAACAUACACUUGAUAUGCGGUAUACUGUAAUAAUUAGAUAUUAUGCAGAAUUUAUAAAAUACGAUCGGUACAUCGUUGUGCCAAAUAUAUAGAUGAAAUUUGCGAAGCUCUUAUUUUGAGAAGGAUUUUCAUUUUGGAACGCUUCUAAAUCCUAAAAAUUGUACUUCUGUAUAUUUUCUGGCCGGCAUGGCAUUUAAAAAGUGGAUGAUAUCUAUCUGAAUAGGUCUUACAUAAUAUUCUAGUAGUUAGAUGAAUGACGCUUGAUUACAAAAGCCCUGAAUUUACCAGCUAGCAAAUUCGGUAAUUCAAAAUGUAUGCAGUUGCAAUCACUUUGCCUCUCACGACUCGAUCUUUUACAGUUUUUCUUUCUUUACUUUUAAACCAACUUCAAAAAGGAGGACGUUCUCAAUUGGACCGUAUUGUUUUCAUUUAUAUUUUCUGUUCUAUUCAUUUCUUUUUUUCUUUAAACAAUGUUCCUCAAAUUUCUUUUAUCUAAUCGUAUAUAUUUUUCUGUAUAUUUCGUCUAAAUUUAUAACAACCUUUUGCGAUAGUGACAAGAUUUUAUUAAAGAAACGAGCUAUUUCGUAAUGUAGGUAGUUUCGGUACCUAUAUUAAAUUUAUUCAUAAGACUAGGGCUAACAAUAUGUUUAAGAUGAUCAUAAUCAGUAAUAGCUUUUUACACUAAGUACUAGUAGACUAUUUGUUUGAUUGAAAAUUCGUCAAUGUCAUAUCUUUGUUUUGCGAAAAAACGCAGCGCGCUUUUUCUGCAGUGAAAGUUAAGGUUUUACUUUAUUUACAGAGGUUUUGAACUGUCAAGUUUUAUUUGCAUUUAAAAAUAAUCCUAAAUGUUAUAUUUUUCUUACUUUUUCUGCUUGUCUUUUUGUGAAAAAGUAUUACGUAGGUAAUGAGAAUUUGCGUUUAUCAAUCCGUAUCUCAUUGGUGUCCAAAAAUAUAUGUUGUAUUAUUAUUAUAUUAUUAAAUGGCUGUUAGUGUGAUGGAAAUGUGUUAUCUUGUAAAUACUAAAUUUAUGAGUACGUAGCAUAUUGAUAAGUUUGAUAGUUUAAGUAUGUAGCAUCGGGAUAUGAAAAGACAUACUGUUGUUUCUUACAUUAGUGACAUUCUAAGCUAACAGUUGUAUGGUAGUCGAUUUACCAUUAAAAUCAA